CGCGCACUCUGGAGAGAAAGAUAGAGGAUAGUCUGAAGUGGAGAAGGGAGAAAGGAGGGGAGGGAUACGGAGAAAGGAAGAGACUAAAUGGCUGCACCUAUAACGGGCUUCACCCCGCUCCUGCUCUCGUCUCUGGCGCUCCACCUGCUUCUCCUCGGUCCUUUGUUAGCCCUCACCCCGGGGACGGUGAACACAGGAGGGGCUCCCAGCAGAAGGACCCCUGCCCUCAGCUACCGAGUCGCCGGUGAAGUAAACCACCAGCAGCAGCAGCAGCAGCAGCAUCGGUGUGAGGAAGCAGGCGGAUUACCGAGGGGCAGCUGGGAUCUCCGCUGGAGCAGGUGGACUGUAGUGCGGAUACAGAGAGAGGAAUGCACCGGAGCGCAGCGCGCAGGAGGGAACCUGGGAGGAGAUCAACUGGAUGGGGCACGGAAAGAGAGACUGAGAGGAUUACAACGCCCUCGGGCUCAUUUCCUACCACCUUUUACUCUUCGCCUCCCCAGCACCAGGAGCAUCUCUACCUCUGAUGGCUUCGGCGCUGCAGAGGGUGUGGAGAAAGGCGAGAUGGGGAGAAAGGGCGUUGUUUCACCUCCCGCUUCACCUGUCUUUACCUCUUUGCCGGCUCAAAACGGCAAGAAAAGGGCAGUACAAAGGACUAAAACGUGCGCGCAACGGUGGUGGGCGCCGAGGCCACACCUCGUCCAACGUGGUGCUGACAGAGCCUUUGUGCACGCCUCCGGACCGCGCAGCUCACCCGGAAGUUGCGAGAGGAGAGGGGGAAAGGUGUGCAGAGGGGCUCCUGAGGUGAAGAGAGUCUCAGCACCACGGCGUGUCCGCUGUCUAAUCCCUAACAAGCAACACAUCCUUUCAGCCAACAAGCCUUCACUUGGCUCCUUUACAGCCGCUCCCUCCUGGUGCAAUCAUCCUAUUUAUGGAUGCAGUUUACCUCAUACUGAUGCUUCAGAUGACAUCUUCAGAUGUUACACAGUUUGUACCAUUUCAGACUGUGUCAGAGCAACAAAACUGGACUCCAUCUGUCAGUUUCCAACUUUUAAUCUCUGCAACAAUGGCUGCAUUUAUAAAACCAAUCAGCAACCAGUUUACAGGGAAAGCAGCAGCAAGAUGGUUUGGGAUGCCAAUGGGAACUCAGCUAGUGUGGGGAGGAGGGCUGGUGAUUGUUCUUACUUAAGGAGGUACAAUGUUAUCAAUCUAAACAGGAGCAGAGAGAGGGGUGAUGAUGGAAUGGUGGCGUGGUCCAUGACAAGAGGAGGGGCUUUUUUAGAUGGUUCUCUUUUUUGUUGUGGGUUUGCAAAACCCAAGCCUGCCAGAAUUACAAGUGAAGGGAGGGGUGACGAUACAGAUGGAAAUGAUCUCAGAGGAGGAAGAGGGGUUGACCACGUCAACAAACACGUUAACUUGUCUAAUUACCCGGAUAAUGAUUUAGUUUUUCCGUCUCCGACACUGGGGAAAUUAGUGGCUGCAUCCAGGCAGCAGAGCAGUCAAACCCUGGGAGGAAGGAGGGAGGUUACCGGUGGCUGCUUUAGCUGUUUGGGCCAAAGAGAAAUGGGGGUGGCUCUCUCUAUGACCCCCAUGGGAGGCAUGGCUCAGAUGAAUCUCCUCAUCCAAUUUGCACUCAGCAGCAUUGCAGAGAUGCGAGGCAGACAGGUUUUACCCAACAAAAGAGCCAUUAAGCCACUCGUUCAGACAGAUGUAGAUCAUUUUUCAGUGAGAGUUAAACAAGCUGAAAAGCUCCACAUGUGUGCUCUAAGAGUGAAGGAAACUUCAGAGGCUGAGUCUACCGGUGACUCAGGCCUUUUCUUGCCUGCUAAGUUUCCCGUUACAUCUCCUUGUGCUGUGUCUGCCACAUCUUACUCUGCUGCUGAAGAUAAUCCCUUUCUCCCUAUGCAGCCUAAUCACCCAGUAGUAAAGAGCAUCUUGUUUUUCUCGCAGGUUAAUGUGACAACUCAGCAGGAUGAAACCAUGCUUCACUCAUCCUCUGCAGAGGAGGUAGUUUCAGCACCAAAAGAAGCUCUGCAUGUACUUUUGUGGAGCAAAUUCAACACUAACAGCAAUAACAACAACGAAAAGAAAGAAAAUAAUGAGAGUAAUGGUCAGGAAUCUGAUAUUGGAAAAUCCUCGUGGCAUAGCGAGAUGCAACAAGGGGAUCUUGGGUGCGCUGAAAGUAUUUCCAACGACUGCUCAGCAAUUGAGCGAGGUGAAAGCACACAUAUGCAAUUAAAAUCCGGUGAUCAAGAGCCAUUAGAGCCCGAAGGUGUCAGACAGUCAGAUAGGCAGCAGAUGGGGACUGGAGAAGAAAGAAAGAAGAGUGCUGAAAGGGAGGGAGAGAGCUUGGAGGGGUCCGCUGCUGUUGCUGAUGCUGUUUGGGGAGGAAAAUUACAGGUGGGGGAGGGCAAGACGAGGCUGAUGGGAGGCAAGGAACCACGUGCAGAAGAGAAAGACGAGGUGUGGGAGAAGGAAAGGGUAAAGGGAGUAACAAAGACUGGCCGGGAAGAAAGUGAAGCAAAGGGAGGGUUAGGUCGGUAUAGGGGCAGCAGCACCUCAACCAUCACACAGUUUGAUCGCAAUAGAGGGAAGAGAGAAACCCAAGCAGAUGAAAGCCACCAGGGAGCUGAGGGGGAUGAGGUCGAGUGGGAGAAAAGACACACUUCAAGGGGAGAGAGGAGCCUGGAACGCCUGAUAAUAGUGGCAGAUGAUGAUAGCUCUCAGGGAGAAAAGGCAAGGAGGAUUUUGAUGCCAUGGUCUCGUUCCAGACGUGCAGCCAAUAGACACCCUCAUUUCUCACUGUAUAACUACCAAGUCCAGGUGGCAGAGAACCAGCCACCAAGCACCUCUGUCAUUAUAAUGUCAGCCACAGACCCUGAUGGAGGUGAUGCAGGCCGGGUGAGCUACACAAUGGCCCCACUGGUGAAUAGUCGAUCAUCUGACUAUUUUCACAUCCAUCCAGACACAGGCCUCAUCACUAGCACUCAGAUUCUGGACAGAGAACACAUGGAUCUGCAUUACUUCCGGGUCACAGCGACAGAUUACGGAUCCCCUCGGCUCUCUGGGACCACAAUGUUAACCAUUACUGUUUCAGACCGUAACGAUCAUUCACCUAUAUUUGAACAGUCAGAGUACAGAGAGACAAUUAGGGAGAAUGUGGAAGAAGGUUAUCCAAUUUUACAGUUGAGAGCAACAGAUUCAGACUCUCCGUCCAAUGCCAAUAUCCGUUACCGUUUUAUCGGUGAUUCUGCUGCAAUAGCACGAGCUGCUUUCGAGAUUGACCCACGUUCAGGACUAAUUACAACCAGAGGAUCUGUGGACAGGGAAACAAAUGAACAUUACACUCUUCAGGUGGAGGCCAGUGACCAGGGGAAGGAUCCAGGUCCACGCUCUGCCACUGUCAAAGUUUAUAUAACCGUUCUGGAUGAAAAUGACAAUGUACCACAGUUCAGCGAAAAGCGCUACGUGGUGGCAGUGAAGGAGGAUGUUCGACCUCACUCUGAGAUCCUACGUGUGAGCGCUACAGACAGGGACAAGGACAGCAAUGCUGCUGUUCACUAUAAUAUCAUCAGUGGUAAUAGUCGUGGACAGUUUUCCAUUGAUAGUGUAACAGGUGAAAUUCAGGUGGUGGCACCACUGGACUAUGAAUCUGAGCGGGAAUAUACACUUCGUGUUCGUGCUCAGGACAAUGGCCGGCCACCUCUCUCCAACAAUACUGGAAUUGUGAGUGUGCAAGUGACCGAUGUCAAUGAUAACCCUCCUAUCUUUGUAUCCACACCAUUCCAAGCAUCUGUACUUGAGAGUGCCCCAGUUGGUAGUUCAAUCCUCCACAUCCAGGCUAUAGAUACAGAUUCAGCUGAUAAUGCUCGGCUGGAGUACAGGCUGACUGGGACUGGCUCAGACACACCCUUUGUCAUCAACUCCGCAACGGGCUGGGUCACUGUCAGCUCGAUUCUCGACAGGGAGUCUGUGGAACACUAUUUCUUUGGUGUGGAGGCCAGAGAUUAUGGCAUGCCACCUCUCUCUGCUACAGCGAGUGUCACAAUUACAGUCAUGGAUGUUAAUGACAAUCGCCCCGAGUUCCUCCAAAAGGAGUAUUAUUCCCGCCUGAAUGAGGAUGCAGCCGUUGGCACCAGUGUAGUGACUGUCACGGCUGUGGAUAGAGAUGUAAACAGUGCAGUGACUUAUCAGAUCACAGGCGGAAACACCAGAAACCGUUUUGCUAUCAGCACAGCAGGAGGAGCGGGGCUUCUUUCCUUAGCUCUACCACUGGACUAUAAACAGGAGCGUCGUUAUGUUCUAACUGUCACUGCCUCAGAUCGAACACUCCAUGACACUUGCCAGGUGCACAUAAACAUUACUGAUGCCAACACGCACCGACCUGUUUUCCAGAGUGCCCAUUACUCUGUCAGCGUGAACGAGGACAGGCCACCAGGAAGUACAGUGGUUGUGAUUAGCGCUACAGAUGACGAUGUAGGAGAAAAUGCUCGGAUCACGUACUUUCUUGAAGACAACAUUCCCCAGUUCCGUAUUGAUCCGGCAACAGGAGCGAUCACACUCCAGGCAGAGCUUGACUAUGAGGACCAAAUGACCUACACUUUAGCUAUCACAGCAAAAGACAAUGGCAUACCACAGAAAUCUGACACAACAUAUGUUGAGGUGAACGUGAAUGACGUGAAUGACAAUGCACCUCAGUUCCUCAGUCCCAGAUAUCAGGGGACAGUGAGUGAAGAUGCUCCCCCCUUCACUAGUGUCCUGCAGGUCUCCGCCACUGACCGUGACGCACACGCCAAUGGCCGGGUUCAGUACACUUUUCAAAAUGGUGAGGAUGGAGAUGGAGAUUUUACCAUUGAACCCACUUCUGGCAUUGUACGUACUGUUCGCCGUUUGGAUCGGGAGAGUGUGCCAUUUUACGAGCUCACAGCCUAUGCUGUGGAUCGUGGGGUGCCCCCUCAAAGAACACCUGUCCACAUCCAGGUGACAGUUCUUGAUGUAAAUGACAACGCUCCUGUCUUCCCUGCUGACGAUUUUGAGGUAUUGGUUAAGGAAAAUAGCGCUGUGGGGUCUGUGGUAGCCCAGAUUACUGCCACUGACCCUGAUGAAGGUGCUAAUGCUCAGAUCAUGUACCAAAUUGUUGAGGGCAAUAUCCCUGAGAUCUUUCAGAUGGACAUCUUUUCAGGAGAGCUCACCUCACUCAUUGAUCUUGACUAUGAGGCUCGCAAUGAAUACGUUAUUGUAGUCCAGGCCACAUCAGCACCUCUAGUGAGCCGGGCUACCAUCAGAAUCCGUUUGGUGGACCAGAACGACAAUCGGCCAACCCUGCAAGACUUUCAAAUCAUUUUCAACAACUUUGUUUCCAAUCGGUCCAACAGUUUCCCCAGUGGGGUGAUUGGCAGGGUACCAGCCCAUGACCCUGAUGUGUCUGACAGGCUGUACUACACCAUCGACAGAGGCAAUGAGCUUCACCUUCUGCUCCUGAAUCACACCAGCGGAGAGAUUCGACUGAGCCGAAAACUGGAUAACAACAGGCCCCUGGUUGCUCCCAUGCUGAUCACUGUCACAGAUGGCGUCCACAGCAUCUCAGCCCAGUGUGUCCUGCGUGUCCUCAUCAUCACAGAGGACAUGCUGGGAAGCAGCGUCACCGUCCGGCUCCAGAACAUGUCCCAGGAGCACUUCCUCUCCCCGCUGCUGGGCAACUUCCUGGAGGGUGUGUCCGCGGUUCUCUCUGUGCCCGUCGAGGACGUUUUCAUCUUCAACAUCCAGCCGGACUCGGACGCGACACCGGGACGCAUCCUGAACGUCAGCUUCUCUGCCGCGUUGCCGGGCGGCCAUUUCUUCCCCUCCGAGACGCUGGAGGAGCAGCUGUAUUUGAACAGGCCCAGGCUGACGUCGCUGACGCAGAUGGAGGUUCUCCCAUUCGAUGACAACGUGUGUUUGCGAGAGCCCUGCCAGAACUACAUGAAGUGCAUCUCAGUUCUGCGCUUCAAUAGUUCUGCGCCCUUCAUCUCGUCGCCUUCCAUCUUGUUCCGCCCGAUCCAUCCCAUUGCCGGCUUGCGGUGCCGGUGCCCGGUGGGCUUCACGGGCGAUUACUGCGAGACGGAGAUCAACCUGUGCUACUCCAACCCCUGCCUGAACGGAGGAGUGUGUGCCCGCAGAGAAGGAGGCUACACCUGCAUCUGCCGUGAAGACUACACCGGUGACCGAUGUGAGUUGGACCGGAGGCAGGGUCGGUGCGUGUCCGGCGUGUGUCGUAAUGGAGGGACAUGUCGGGAGCUUUCCGGUGGAGGUUUCCGCUGUGAGUGUCCGCCGGGAGGCUACGAGCGGCCGUACUGCACCGUCACCGCCAGGUCUUUCCCACCGAAAUCCUUCGCGAUGUUCCGGGGCCUCAGGCAGAGAUUUCACCUCUCCAUUUCAUUGAGUUUUGCCACUCUGGAGAAGAGCGGUCUUCUCUUCUACAACGGACGCUUCAAUGAGAAACAUGAUUUCAUCGCACUGGAGAUCCAAGAAGGACAAGUGGUCUUCAAAUAUUCCACAGGUGAGUCGUCCACUCAGGUGAGCCCCUUCCUGCUCGGAGGCGUGAGCGAUGGAAACUGGCACACGGUUCACAUCCAUUACUACAACAAGCCCAGACGCAGUUUGAUCGGAGAAGCCCAGGGUCCGUCUGACGAGAAGGUGGCCGUGGUGAGCAUCGACGACUGCGACACGGCUCUCUCGCUUCGCUUCGGUACGCAGCUUGGAAAUUAUAGCUGUGCUGCACAGGGCAAACAGACCAGCAGCAAGAAGUCUCUGGAUCUGACUGGCCCUUUAUUUCUGGGUGGAGUACCCAAUGUACCUGACAACUUUCCCUUUGGCAGCAGGGAGUUUAUCGGUUGCAUGAAAGACCUGCACAUUGACAGCAAGGCGCUGGAUCUGGCUGGAUUUAUCGCUAACAACGGGACACUUCCAGGUUGCAGUGCCAAACACCCGUUCUGCAAGUCCAACCCGUGUCAGAAUGGGGGAACCUGCCGGGUGAGCUGGGAGACCUUCUCCUGUGAUUGUCCUCUAGGUUAUGGAGGGAAGGACUGCAGCUACACCAUGCCACACCCACAUCGCUUCCUCGGGAACAGCGCCCUCUGGUGGGACCUGAAGAAUGAUGUAACCAUCUCCACGCCCUGGUACCUGGGUUUGGUGUUCAGAACCAGAGCAAGAGAGGGGACGCUGCUGCAGGCCCAGGCUGGUCAGUACACCAGUCUGUUGUUCCAGGUGGUAAACGGUCAACUGGUGUUCUCAGUAACCCGCGGCGCCACCAGACCUGUGCGCUUGCGAUUGGAUCAGGUCCAAGUGGCAGAUGGCCGGUGGCACGACCUCCAGCUGGAACUGCGAGACGUCCGCAGCGGCCGAGAGACACGCUACGUCGCCACGCUGCGGCUCGACUUUGGACUCUAUCAGGGAACAGUGAUUGUGGGAAAUGACAUUCAUGGCUUGAAAGUGAAACACCUGCAUGUCGGAGGAGUGCUGGGCUCUGGCGAGGUCCAGAACGGGAUAAAAGGAUGCAUACAGGGAGUUCGUCUGGGCGUGAGGCCAGAUGCCCCCGCCCUCCCGCGCCCAUCCAGAGUUGUCAAGGUGGAGACUGGCUGUAAUGUCGGAAACCCCUGUGUCUCGUCUCCUUGUCCAGCUCACAGCCGCUGCACCGACGUCUGGGAGCGCCACACCUGUAUCUGUGAACCAGGGUACUACGGGAAGAGCUGCACCGACGCCUGCCACCUGAACCCAUGUGAAAACGAGGCUCAGUGCCACCGGAAGCCGAGUUCUUCCCAUGGAUACAUUUGCGACUGUGGAGAUAAUCACUACGGGCAGUACUGCCAGCACAGGAUUGACCACCAGUGCCCCAGGGGCUGGUGGGGAUCUCCCACCUGUGGACCAUGUCACUGUGAUAUGAACAAAGGUUUUGACCCCGACUGUAACAAGACGAGUGGACACUGUCACUGCAAGGAGUUUCACUAUCGACCUCGAGCCUCUGACACCUGCCUCCCGUGCGACUGCUACCCGGUGGGCUCCUUUUCACGAUCGUGUGACCCCGAGACGGGCCAGUGUCAGUGCAGGCCUGGCGUGAUUGGCCGCCAAUGCAACAUGUGCGACAACCCUUUCGCUGAAGUCACUAAUUCAGGAUGUGAAGUUAUCUAUGAUGGCUGUCCAAAGACCAUCACUCAGGGGAUCUGGUGGCCCCGAACCAAGUUCAACCUUCCUGCUGCCGUCCCCUGCCCCAAAGGCUCUGUUGGCGCAGCGAUCAGACACUGUGAUGUGGAGAGAGGGUGGCUGGAACCCGACCUUUACAACUGCACCUCGCCUCCGUUUGUGGAGCUCAACAUUGCUCUUGAUUCCCUGGAACGUAAUGAGACAGAGCUCAACACCAUCAUGGAGAAGAAGCUUGCUCACCAGCUCAGGGAUGUUACCGAGGCUACCGGCCGGCUCUAUGGCAAUGACCUGCAGAUUGCCGAACGUCUCCUCUCCCGCCUCUUGACGUUUGAGACCCAACAGAGUGGUUUUGGCCUCACCGCCACUCAGGAUGCUCACUUCAAUGAGAACGUCCUGCGAGGCUGCAGCGUGCUGUUGGGUCCCGCUACCUCCGGGCUUUGGCGGGCUCUCGCUCAAAAUCAGAAUCACCUUCUCGGCGGUGGUCCGGCUGAGCUGACGGAGCUGCUGGAGCAGUACUCCAAGAACAUUGCCCAGAACAUGAAGCUUACCUACCUCAACCCUGUGGCCUUGGUCUCCCCCAAUAUAGUCAUGAACCUGGACCGCGUGGAGAACCACACCCACGUGCGACGGCGCUUCCCACGUUAUCAGAACACCUUGUUCCGUGGUCAAGCUUUGUGGGACCCUUACACUCAUGUGAUACUGCCACCUGCUGCCCUGGUGCCGCAGCGACAGCAGCAGCAGCACAGCUGGAAGGAGAAGGAGCGCUCAGAGAAAGAACCCUCGGCCCCUCAGAGUGUCGCCUCGGCCCCUGCCAGCAUUUCAGCCAAUCAGACUAAGGAAUAUACAGCAGCUAGACGCAGCGUUUCGUUGACUGACCCACCCAUCACCAUCGUCAUCUUGUUGAUCUAUCGAAGCCUUGGGGCCGCGCUGCCUCCAAAGUACCACGCAGACCGGAGAGGAGUGAGGCUUCCCAGACACCCAGUUAUGAACUCCCCGGUGGUGACCAUCUCCGUCUACAACAACCAGACGUUCGUGGGCGGUCACUUGGACCAGCCCAUACUGCUGGAGUUUAAACUGCUGGAGACAGCCAAUCGCAGCAAGCCUCUGUGUGUGCAGUGGAACCACAGCAGCCCACAUGAGAGCGGAGGCUGCUGGACGGUGAGGGACUGUACAGUGGUGUACAGGAACACCUCUCACGUCCGCUGUCAGUGCCAGAGACUGGGCACCUUCGGCGUGCUGAUGGACAGCUCCCAUAGAGAGCAGCUGGAGGGGGAUCUGGAGACGCUGGCCAUGGUGACUUACUCCUCCUUGUGCGUCUCCAUGCUGGCCCUCCUCCUCACUGUCCUGGUGCUGUCUUGCCUCCGGGGCCUGAAGUCCAACACUAGAAGCAUCCACUCGAACACAGCGGCAGCCAUGUUUCUGUCUGAGCUGGUGUACUUACUGGGGGUCAAUCAGACUGAACAACAGUUCUUGUGCACGGUCGUCGCCAUCCUGCUGCAUUACUUCUUCAUGUCAACGUUCGCUUGGUUGUUCGUCGAGGGUCUCCAUAUCUACCGCAUGCAGACUGAACAGCGCAACAUCAACUACGGAGCCAUGAGGUUCUACUACGCCAUCGGCUGGGGCGUGCCUGCCAUCAUCACAGGCCUGGCUGUCGGUUUGGAUCCUGAAGGUUACGGCAACCCAGAUUUCUGUUGGAUCUCCAUAUAUGACAAACUCAUCUGGAGCUUCGCUGGCCCUGUUGCAAUCGUCUUACUGAUGAAUGGAGGGAUUUUCACAGUUGUAGCCAAGAUGUCCUGUAACCCAUUGCAAAAGGAGACGAAGAAACUUCCUGUCAUUGCUACUAUCCGAAAUGCCUUUCUGCUGUUGCUGGUUGCCACGUCCACCUGUCUGUGUGGUCUGAUGGCUGUAAAUAACAGCAUCCUCGCCUUCUACUACAUCUUCGAUGUUCUCUGCCUACUGCAGGGCCUGUCUGUGAUGCUGGUCUUCACUGUGUUCAACUCUGAGGUUCAGGAGGCCUGGAGAGUUGCCUGUUUGGGUAAGAAGAGCCCUGGAGAAGAGCCGCAGAGGCCGCCGCAGAGCACAACUCAGAAUCCUUACCAUAAUGCAUCUCUGUUGGAGCAGAGUGGGUUGCACCGCAUCACCCUGGGAACCUCCACCGUCUCCUCUGUCAGCUCUGCCAGAGAAAAUCUGUUGGCGCGUCAGAAUCUGGAGCAAAACAUCGUCCACACCGGCGCGACUGACCUGGAUGUAGCCAUGUUCCACCGAGAUGGAGGCGGGGAUUCAGAUUCAGACUCGGACCUCUCCAUGGAUGAGGAGCGAAGUCUCUCCAUCCCUUCCUCCGAGAGCGACGACAAUGUGCGUCUGCGGGGACGCAUCCAGCGGCGAUUCAAGCGCUCCAAUCACAGCGAGCGCCUGCUCACCGAACCCACCAACAAUGGCACCAAAGAUUUGGAUGGCAAUGACCUUCUGUCCUACUGGCCUGCUUUGGAUGAAUGCGACACCUUGCAGAAGUGGGGCUCAGAGCGCCCCCUGGGGGGGGAUUACAACAAAGACGCCGCCAAUAACAACCAGCUUGACGCAGCGCUCACCAGCGGGGACGAAAACGGCCUCACCCAGCCACACAGGCACCGCAAGGGUAUCCUGAAGAAUCGCCUUGGUUGUCAACCAGCACUGCAGGGUCUCUCCACCAUGGGCCGGGUCCCUAGUGAGCUCAACUGGUACCGUACCUCCACACUCGGCCACCGAGGUGUUCCAGCAGCCUCCUACGGUCGCAUGUACUCCGCCACCGCCGGUGCUACAGGAGGCUCUGGUUCUCUCUCCCAGCCGGCUUCCCGCUACUCCUCAAGGGAGCACCUAGACUCGCUUGCCAGGAGGCAGCUGUCCAGGGAUCCCCUCGGAAGACAGACAGUCGGGGGGUCGAGAGAGCGUCUGGACUCCCGCGGCUCCAGGGAUAACCUGGAUCUUCUUCCCAGGAGGAGGGAGCUAGGAUUCGGACUAGGGGCGGGGCUCGGGGGCUUGGAUCACCAACGAGUCUCGUCGUCCAGGGAAAACUUGUCAGGAUCCAGGGACAGACUGGACAACCAUCACACCGCCAGCUUUCAUGCGUCAAGGGAGGACUUGAGUGGGAAUGGAGGAGCUGUAGGAGCCGGAAUGGAGGGAUACCUCAGUGGUUCCAGGUCCCAGUUGAACACAUUAACUCGGCGGCAGGCCUCGUCGCGAGAGCACCUCGGAGGAGCUCUGUUGAGCAGUAGGUCAAGGGAGCAGUUGGAGGCCAACGGGGUGGGAGCUCAGGCUCAGCCUUGUCGGGAGUGGCUCCGCAGUCUACCCCCCCGGCAGCCCUCGCACCACGACCAGCCUCUGUCCGCUUCUCCUCCUCCGCCAAUCUCAGAGGAGCCACAACAAGAACAGCUACCUCCUCCAGCUCAUGUCAGAGGACGCCUGGACUCUGCACCUUCAUGUAGGUACCCUGGUCAGACUGUCCCCCAGCUUGCAGGUUCAAAUCCAAACCCUCUGGUCCGACAGCCGUCCAGUGAACAGUUGGACAUUUUAUCCUCCAUCCUGGCAUCCUUCGGUUCCUCUGUCCUUACUCCUCCUGCUGCCUCUAACCCCGGCCCUAAUGGCUCUGUCCACGGACCCUCCCCAUCCCCACCUCAGUCUACCACUCACAGCAUAUCCGAAGUCUCUCCCGAUUCAGAAGCCCACAGGAGCGAGGGACAGUCUUGAUGACAACCUCCACACCCAUUAAUGCAUUGCAACAGUGCUGGAACAAAGCUCAAAGGUCAAGGAUGGGCCUGAACUAAAUGGACAACCUGGGAAGAAGAAACAGAAUUGACUCAGAGGAGACAGAAAAGAUGAAAAGGCAAAACGAAAAUUUACAGACAAGAGAGAGAGUCUGUGGCAAAAGAAGAAGUUUGUGAGUGGGUCGUUUUGUGCAUAUCGAGUUUUUACGUCCCACUGCUCUCGAUCUAUUGUUCCACGGACGUUGAAUAAACCACCUAAUCCUACUACCUAAGAACAGUUAGACAAAAAAGAAAAUUACAAACAGACAAAAAAAAAAUCUUCUCAGAUGUUACACACACAUACACACCAACACACACAACCUAAGUCCGAUCAGACCUGUCAAAACAGAAGAAGAAAAGUGUCUGUAAAUAGCCUUUUUAUACAUUUUUUAUCUUUUUCAUUGAAGGUGAAAAAAUAUCUUGUGAAGUUUCUUUUUCUCUCUUUUUUUUUUAUUUUUACGCAGUCGUGUCCGUGCGUGAGGUUGUGAAAGAGGAUGAAGCGAGUGCUGUCUUGUGUGUUGCCGAUGGAAGAAAUUUCCUCUACAAAGUAAAAAUGGAAAGAAAAAAAAAAACAAACUCAAAUUUCUCCCCAGAAAUUCAUUUCCCUCAGAAUGUUGUCCUCAAACCUUUGAAGUUCAUGUAAAGCGGCAGGGGUCCGGCAAUAGAGUGACGAGGUUAUGGAAAGACUCGGCUGAAAGGGUGAUAUCAAAGUAUCGAGACGUGAUUGUAAACAGAGGAAGGAAUUAUUAUAGGAGAGGAGAGCUGAUGGAGCAAGAUGAUUGUGCAAAGAAAGAUUGCUAACAACACAUUAGAUUCAAAGAUGGUUGCCUAACUACUAAAACUCAGUGACGUGUCAUUUUUUUUUUUUUUUUUUUGAGCUGGCACAUAUAAUCACGACCCGGUGCUCUCUGAAGCGGACCGUAUCAAUCCACUGACGUAACGGGAACAUAUCGGCGCAGUUUUAAAAACCUGGUGGGUGAAAGUUGAUCUCGCCGUCUGCCUCUCUCCAUGAGGCAGGAUCGAGCAACAACCACUUUCAAGAACCCCUCAAGGUAUCCUUUUACACUUUGAUGCAUCAUGACCCAGCCUGCCUCCAGGGGUAGCACAGGAGCAGCCGAGUCUCUCCAGCAGCAACCAGGAAACCCAUUUCUAAAAGCUUCUCAUGCAGAAGCCUCUCGCCCAAAUCUAAAGCCAAAGGGACAUAAACCAGUGUGAAACUUUGUGUUGCUCUUCGUUUAGAAAAUAAUUUCUACAUGGUGUGAUGGCUGUAGAAGUAAACCGCUUUUUUUAUAGCUAUGAUUAUUAUUAUUUUUUUUUUUUUACACAAAUAUGAACCAAAAUGAAAAAUCUUUUGUUACCGAGGCCUUAGUUCUUCACUAGAAUAUAAACAGCUGUUUGGCGUUUUAUCUCACUGUGCGAACUGAUUUUGAUUCUGAAUGACGGAAGAAAAGACAAAAAAAAUAACGAGAACAAUGCUGUUGAAUCCCGGCGCGCUCAAAUAUUUAUUGAAGACAUGAAAGCAAGCGUGAUGCUUGCAUGCGGCGCGGUGUCUACCUCAAUAUGUCAGCUCACGUCUUUAGCAUCUUUCCACUCCCAGACGCUCCUUAAAGGAAAUAUUCCAUACAGGAAGCACUUAUUUUCAAAUCUAAUCAGGCUCCAAAAUGUUCACCGCGAGCUCAAAGUGUUUCCUUCUCUUUCAGACAGAUUGUCUUUUCCUUCCAUUUGGAGGAUUAAUGGAGAGGAGGUAUUAUCUGAGGUCAGUCGAAGCUUCUGCUGCCGUGCGUUGGCUAACAAAAGGAAAGAAGAGGUGUCAGCAGUGCCGGCGCUAAAAGCUAUCUUUUCUUUUUUGUUUUUAUUUUUCAGAUGUAGGUAUUUGAAUCAGCUGCUGAUUCUUUCACACUGAUGUUUGCAAAAGCAACGAGUUCCUGGUUUAAAGAUUCAGGAUUCUUAGGUGAGGUUCAUACAAAAGUUACAUCGUGUUGUAUCAAUCUCGGUUUCUUCUUUUAGUGUGAAUUCACAUGGGUUGGUCCUAAUGGCUCAAGUUAACAAUUACUCUUAAAUAUUGAAUCACUCAGCUGCCAUUUUUCAAUUAGGUGGAUACCAAUGACCCAAUGACUGAAGGAUAGGAAAUGAAUAGGAGGUGGUGCGCCACCAUUAAUCUUCCUGUGUGAAACAUGAAAAUUCUUUCAGAGUACUGGAGAAAUAAAAGUUAAACCAGUGCAAAAAAUCAAAAUACAGUUUGAAAUAAAAUGUUUGCUGUGCACACUCUUGUUUACUCUUGUGUUGGGCAGCUAAUCUGAUCUGAAACACUUUAGAUGUAGCACUCAUGCUUCUUAUAGGAAGGUCACUGGCAACACUGCCUCCAUUCUUUAUGACAAAACAAAAACAGGAAUUUAAACAUGUGGAAUUAUAGGUUUGUGAUGUGUUGUUUGCCUGCACUGCUUUGACAUUUUGGAGAUCUGAGAGGAUCUCCAAAUUUGGAUCUUGAUUCCUCUCAGAGUAUAAGUUGGCUUCGGCCUACAGAACCAGCUCAUCUAGUUUACACUAAAUGAUGAUAAGAGGGUUAUGGGCAUCAGGUAAAAUGGUUACUGCCAAUAUUCUCUCAAUCUUGAACCCUUAAAGCGAAAAACACGUCUUCAGAUGUACGAAUGAAAAAGAGGUGUUUGUUAAAACAAAAAAAAAACAAUUUGGCCAAAGUUUGUCUGAAUGAGCAAGACCUUAGUUCAACAAAGAAUGGACACAAAAUACAAGUGGGCUAAAAUCCAACAGGAUGGACACGUAAGACAUUGGAUGUUACAAAGCUAGACAUCAUCAGGAGGAGGAUAAACUGGGUCAGAAAUCAUGACUGUGUUGCAAAACGCGUAGCUGCAGGGAGGAAGGCGUGGACACCGCUCGUCACGGAGACAGAAAUAGUCAGAAAUUCAGAAAAGAGGAGGGAAAUGCAGACAGUGGAGAUAAAGACACGCAUCACAAGCAAACGCGUAUCUUCCCGCUCUGACUGUAUCUCUGUCAGCCCCGUCUCCUCAGAAUGUGACGCCAAAUCUGUUCCUGACAGGAUUAUUGCCAAAAAUGUUCCUGCUGGGGGAAUGCCACCUGUCAGUUAGUUAAAGAAGCAGUCUGCCUAAAAAAAAUAUGAUUUUUUUGUUUCCUUUUCACCUUUUUCCUGAGAUCUAUUUUAUUUAGUGAUAAUUUCUUGACAUUUUAUGAAAGAGUUGUUUUACAAUUUCUUUUAAACUGUAUUUAUUUUUUUAAUCGCGAAUGUGUUUUCUUUUUAAACCCAAACGUUCCCUUUUUUUUCUUACACAUGUGACUUUAUUUAUUGUUAAUUAUGACGUUAAUUAUGUUUCUCAAGGCCACAAGUCCCCAGUUUGAUGAACAAUGGGGAAAUGUGUUAAAAUAAAUGUUUAUAUGUAAACAGCAAAAAUUAAAUCUAAUGCCAGGCACAAGUACAGGACCUGCAAGAACCUGCCAAAACCAACAGACUGCAGUCAGUUAAAGUUAUAUUUAUCUUCUUUAAAUGGCUCACUUGGGUAUGAUGAAUGUGUGAUUUACUAUUGCAGCGACGCCUCAUUGCAAACCUGCACAAAACUGAUCAUUUGUCUGCUUAGACACUCUGUCGACUUAUCAGUAAAGGGGAGAGAACCAGAAAAACAAAACCACAACUCCCAGAUAAUUUGUUUUAAACCAACAGAAGCCAUAGAACCAGAGCCAGAGAGGGCAGAUUUGAGUCGAAAAUGUUGUCAUCUGUUCUGAAGGCUGAAAAGGAAAACAAAGGGGGCGGGAAGGAGAAAGGCAGGGGAAAGGUGGCAGAAUGAUGAGAGAUUGUAUUUGUUGGCUUGUGUGUUCAUUAUGAGAUGCCUUCUGUCCCGCCGUCGGGACAGAAACAGCUGUUCCCCUGUUUUCACAGAAAAACAAGAGAAAUGUUGGACAUUAAAAAAAAAAAAGACUUAUUCCUACCAGACUGUGUAUGUGUGUGUUUAUAUUCUGUCUGUAAUUUGUUCAUAUUCAUGAGGACAUUUUAGGGAGUGAGGCAGCGAGGAGAGGACGCAUUCUGACAGGGUGUUUUUUUUGUUUGUUUGUUUUCUUCUUUUUCUUGUGAAGGUGCUUCUUGCUGACUUGUUUUGGUUCUCAAAGUGCUCAGUUGCCAACUUAAUACAGUCAGCUCUGUUACAAUAUCGCCGUUUCUCAGAUAAAAAAGUAGAUUAACGUGUGAAGCAAACUUUUAAUGCAGCUCUUCGCAAAAUGAUUCACAUCACUUGACCUUUUUGGCAUUCAGUUCCAUUUUUUUGUAGCAGACACACUAAAAGUGGUGCAUAAUUGCAAAGUGAAAAUGAAUUCAGCCGCUUUUCAUGUCUGCAAAUAACUCCUUUCAUUAUCAGGUUCUUGACCUACAAUACAGUCAGUAGCACACAAUCUCAGUAAUUUCGUUUUCACUAAUGAGUAACUAAAGCCAGUUUAGUAAUAUCAGGAUGACGCAACAGACCCACAAAAAAAUGGUCAAGACUCUGAAGGAAAUUUUACUUUUCAUUCCUUUGUUUAUGAAAAUUACAUUUUUUGAACCAACACAUGUUGAUUUUAACAGCAAAAUCUAAUAACAUGCUCAAUAAGAGUGUUAAAAACUGCAUUUAGAGACGACCAACGAAUUCAGAAUAAACCGAAUGCAUCAGUUGAAGCAACUAUAAAGAACACAUUACCUUAAAAGAACAUAAUGCAACAAAAAAAAACAAUGCCAAUAUGUUUAAAAAAAAA